UUGCUCGACAUGGAGAUGCUCGCUAAACUCGUGUUCCCCAUCGUGAUCAUCUCCGUGCUGGUCGCCUGCAGUCCGACGCAGGCGUGGUACAAACAGGUGGCCGGUCCGAGCUACUACUCGGUGGGCAGGGCGUCCGGCUUGCUGUCCGGUAUCCGGAGGUCGCCGUACGUCAGGAGAGGCGAGCCGGAGCCGUCAGACAGCGGAGAAAGUGCGACCAACAGCGUGUUUUCCGAUUUAACUCCGCAGAAUUUCAUCCUGAAGACGAUGCCUGUUUGCAUCAAAGACAUUACACCAAACCUGCGGAGCUGUGAACUCCUCCAGGAAGUCAAAGGUUCAUUUAAGUGCAAAGCGGACGUCUUCCUCUCUCUGGACUCGUCAGACUGUGCAGCAGACUGAACAGCCGGGCUGGAUGAUGAAGCCUACUCGUUGGAGGCGUCACAUUUAAAAACUGCACAAUUUCAAGUUUAAGGCUGGUGUUG